AUGGCCGAAAUGGAUGUAUUACAAUCAAAAAUUAUUCAACAGAUCGAAGCUUAUUUAACUGAAGAUAAUCUUAAAAAUGAUUAUAAUUUAUCUAAAUAUGAAUGUGAAAAUGAUGGUUGGAUACCAAUUCAACAUUUAAAUCAUUUAAAUAAAUUAUCAACAUAUAAAUAUGAUACAAUACUUAAUGCUUUAUGUUCAAAACGAUCAAAUAUAAUUGAAAUAAAUUUCUGUGAACCAAUAUGUAUACGUCGUCGACGUCAACCAUUAUCAAAACCAUCAAUUGAACAAAAUCCAAAUUUAUAUCGAACUGUUGUUGUUAAUGGUUUACCACGUGAUGUUAAACAUGAAGAAUUAGUUGAAUUUUUUAAUCGUUUUUAUCCUGUUUAUAAAAUAAAAAUGCUUUCAUCAUCACGAACAUCAAAUUCUUUUAGUGGAAAAAUUCAUGUUAUAUUUGAAAAAUGUCAAGAUGCUAUAGAAUUUGUUAAAAAAUCUGAAUCAGUAGCAAUUAUUUAUGUUAAUGAUUAUGUACUUCAAUUAUGUAAUGGUUAUACACUUGUUUGUAGAAUGUUAAUUGAUUGUGAUGAUAAUGAUGAAAAUGAUUUAAUUAAACAAAAAGAUCAAUUACGUUUUAGUAAUGGACAAACAUUUUCUCAUCGACUUGCUAAUAAUCGACCUCGUGUUUCAUUUAAUACAAAGGUUUCCUUAUCAAAUGAUCAUCAUGUUCGUCCAAAAUUACAACCAAUAUCUUGUCAAACAAAAUCUUGUUUAAAAUCAAGUACAUGUGCAACUGAACAAAUCUUAUUUUGUCAAAAUACAACGAAUAAUAAAUUAUCUAAAGUACUUGAAUAUAAAAAUCAAUCAAUUGUUUAUAAUCGUUUUUCAUAUGAAUAUUAUAUUCCUAAUCAUCUUCUUCAACAAACUCAUGAAUGUAUGAUUAUAGCAGCAUUAAAUCCACAUUGUUUUACAAUUCAACUUAAACAAGAUGCUAUUGAAUUUGAUAAAUUUCAACGUGAAAUGAAUGAUUUUUAUAAUGAACUUGAUGAUAAACAAUAUUUAGUAACACCAGAACAAAUACAUAUUAAUUUAUGUGUUAUAUGUGCUGAUCCAAAAUCAUCAGAUAAUGAUAAAAUUUGGAAUCGUUCACAAAUACUUGAUUUUGAUUUAAAUGAUAAAACAGUUAAUUUAUUUUAUGUUGAUUUAGGUACAUGGGAUGAAUAUGUACCUAUAAAUCGUCUUCGUCAUUUAAUUGAUUGUUUUCAUCGUCAUUUAGUUUUUUCAUUAACAUGUCGUUUAGCUCAUAUAUCACCAAUAAAUAAUGAUCAAAAUGAUUUAACAUGGUCAACUGAUGCAACUGAUCAAUUUUUAGCUGUUAUUGAUCAAGUUUUACCUGAAAUAGAAUUUAUAUCAUUUGGAGAAGAUGGAUGUUUUCAAACAAAUUUAUUUGUUAUUAAUUCAGGACAAUAUGUUUGUGUUAAUGAUUAUAUGAUACAUAUUAAAAAAGCUAAAGCCAUUAUACAAUCAAUAGAUAUUGAUGAUAACAAUAGAACUACUGUUCGAUCUGACAGACAUUGUGUCGUCAAUAAUAAUCCAUCCAUCCAUCCAGUUAUUGCUUUAUACAAUCAAUUAGGAGAAGCUUUAAAACGAUCUCUUGCUAAAUCUCGGCCAGCUAGUUCAAAUAAUUCAUCAACGCCAUCUUCAUGUAUUCCAAGUAAACCUCUUGUUAAACUUAUUCAUAUAUCAACAAAUAAUAGUAAUCAAAAAUUAAAUAUCGAACAUAAAUUAUCUAUUAUUUUUAUAUAUUAUCAAAAAACUAUUUUCAUACCUGAUUUCAAUAUUUGCACUUUACUUAAACUAAUCAAUUCAAAUAUUGACAUUGAUAUUGUUCAAGAUUAUGCUUUAGCUAUUAAAUAUCAUUCUCAACAUAUAACACGUGAAUGUAAUUCUGAUAUAUUUAAUCAAAUAGAUUUAUUAGUUUAUGUUCAAUCUUUAAAUAGUAUUACACUAUAUUCAAUUGAUUUUGUUCGUUUUAUUCUCGAACAUUAUCAUUUUCCAAUAGGAAAUGUAUUUCUUGCAUUAGACAAUGCUAAAUAUGCUCAAUUAAAUACAUUGGAUCUCUCUUAUUGGUUUACACUAGAUAAUGAAUUACCAUCUGCAUCCAAUAGUUCCAUAAAAACAUUUCAAGAUGAACAAAUAUCAACAAUAAAAAAACGUCUUCCAUUUUCUAAUCGACUUAUAUGA